CUAUGUCAUACGAAGGGGAGCCGCAAUCAGAAAUAACGUAGUUGAUAAUGUUUAUGAAGCAAGCAACGAACCUCCAGAAUUUAGUAUUGAGCUGCAUAAUGAGAUGUCAUAUUUAAAACAUUAUCCCAAAAAGGUAAUGUUCUGUUGUAUCGUACCCCCAACAAGUGACGGCGAAACACCAGUUUGUUUUAACAGGGAAUUGCUGGCAGCACUUAAUCCAAGAUUUCUCAAAAAGUUUGAAGAGAAAAAAAUCCGAUUUUACAGAAACUACGCAGACAAAAGGGAUACCAAUAUUUGGUCGUGGCAGUCUGUGUUUGAGACAGACUCCAAAAAAAGAGCUGAAGAAAUCCUAGAUUCUUUUAAUAGUCACUGGCAAUGGCAUUCAAAUGGCGCGCUGAUAAGUUGGCAUAUGGGUGAACCCUUUAUAACGCAUCCAAAAACAAAUGAAAAAGUCUGGUUUAAUCAAAUAACACUGCUCCACAAUUCUUUCUAUCGCAACCAUCCAUUCUAUUAUGAGAAGUAUGAAUUGAAGGCAAAAAACUUUCCGUCUGAUGUCACUUAUGGCGAUGGUGAAGAAAUCGAAUUGGAGUUUAUUGAUUACCACCGUGCUGUGCAAUGGAAUUUAGCUGUCGGUAUUCAGUGGGAAAAGGGAGAUUUGUUAGUGCUCGAUAAUUUAUUGGCGCAACAUGGAAGGAUGGGUUAUCAAGGGGAAAGAAAGUUAGUCGUUGGAUUAAUUGAUGAGUAAAUGAUAUCACAAGCUUAUGAAGAAGAGCGGAUUAUAAAACAGCUUACACAACACAAAAACAGCUUACACGCUAAACUUUGCUCACACAACCUUCUUAAAGAGAACUAAUCUUGCAUCUUUAUUAGAAUUUUAUGAAGAAGAAAAAAUCUUAUGUUUAAUUCGAUUUUAUUAAUUGAAGCCACCA